CCGAUGCCCAUGACUUUAUGGGAGGCCCGCAACACGCGUCGGUUGACCAAGCGGGAGAUCAAGUGGAUUAUGAGGGGAAUCCUCCUGGGUAUCGGCGCGGUCCAUGCCAAACGCAUGGUCUUUAGUGACUUAAAAAUGGAGAAUGUGGGCGUUGGGGGGUUCGAUGCCGCGAACCCCAAUCCCAACGUUCACGAAAUCAUCGUCCGGCUCAUGGACUUGGGCUCUAGCACGGGGUUUUUUCUUGUUGGCCUGUAGACUGUGUCUAACGAUUCCCAUAGUCAGCCUACCUUCCGACAA